AUGGCGACAGCGUCUCAAAGCCCUCCCCCUCCCCUUCACUCCCCUACGAGUGCUGCAGCACAGCCCAAGCCCAAAGGAAUCCUCAAGAAUGCGAUCCCAAGCCCUGGGCUGAAUAAUUCAAGGUGUGGGUACUCUACAGGAGACGAACUACUUCUGACGAGCCAGUUGGACAGACUGACAUGGGAUGAAGAGAAUCUCGCUCUAACCGAGAUUCAGAAGGACAGCCUCAUGAAGAUAACUGAGCCGAAAACCCCCUACGUUCGCUAUAAUGCUGAAACUGACGAAGUCGAAGGGUUUAGCAACAUCCCAGCUUUCAAUCUCGACUCUAACUCAAAUCGCUUGAAUAGUGCUGAAGUGUCUCAGUUGCCAUCGGCUUCUAUUCCGCCGGUCCCGGAGGAUUCUCCAGCUCCUCCAAUCCCCCCAAUGCCCAUAUCUCGCAAGAGCUCCGGUGCAUCCGAGCCCCCUCCAGCCUCGUCUCGACGUACAUCAUUCACUACACCUCCUGUGCCAGGACGCACUGGCUCGCAAGCGGUUCUUCAAGCCGCAGCACCAGUUUCCAAGCUGGGGAUCGUGGUGAGAUUAGGAAGCUGCAAGGUCAACACGGAGAGCGUGGAGAAAUUGAGGAGGAUGAAUUGGAUGAGGAGUUCGAUAUUUAUAGCUGCAGAGAGGCAUGCCGCAUUCGUCAAGGCUCGUGGGCGCCACUAUUCCAAUGAAGCCGAAGCUAUGAAGCGGGCUCAACAACUAAUAGACCAAGAUGAAGAUGACGACGAAGAUAACGACAACGACAUGCAGGACGACGAGCCCGAUAAAUCUUCAUUUGAUGAGGAGGUAGAACGUAAUACCGAGGCGAACACCGAGCUCACGACUGGUGCCACCAGGAAACCCAAUGGCGUGGCUCCAGUGUCUGGACAAUGA